AUGACCACUGUCCGCACCAUACUCGCCCUUGCUGCAUCCCAAUCCUGGCCCUUACAUCAAAUGGAUGUCAAGAACGCAUUUCUCCACGGUGAUCUCAAGGAAGAAGUUUACUUGAAACUUCCCUCUGGUAUGCCUACUUCCUCACCUAAUGAUGCCCCGCGAGUAUGGUUUGAAAAGUUUCGCUCCACUUUGCUUGGUUUUUCUUUCACUCAGAGUCAGUGUGACUCCUCUCUUUUUCUACAACGGACAUCCAUGGGUAUCGUUGUUCUUCUUGUUUAUGUGGAUGAUAUUGUCAUCACUGGCUCCGACUUGGAGGCAAUCUCUGCAGUGCAGACUUUGUUGCAUUCUACUUUCCACAUGAAAGAUCUUGGUCAGCUCACUUAUUUCUUGGAUUUAGAGGUCCAUCAUCAACCUCAUGGUCUCUUCUUGCUUCAGCACAAGUACAGUCAAGAUCUGGUUCAGUUAGCCGGCCUCCCCAACACUACUUCCGUUGACACCCCCAUGGAACUUAAUGUGAAAUAUCGACGUGACGACGGGGAGCUUCUUGAGGAUCCUACUACCUAUCGGAAGCUGGUUGGUAGUCUUAUCUAUCUAACCAUCACCCGACCAGACAUCUCUUAUGCUGUUCACACUGUCAGCAAGUUCAUGCAAGCCCCGAGGCAUCACCAUCUCGCUAAGUUCGCCGCAUCAUUCGCUAUAUUCUUGGCACACCUAGUCGUGGCUUGUUCUUCCCUACAGGUUCUUCUCUUCAGCUUCAGGCCUAUAGUGACGCUGAUUGGGCUGGUUGCCCAGACACCAGGAGAUCUACUACUGGCUGGUCAAGACCACGUCUCCAAAUCAUCCACUGAAGCAGAGUAUCGCGCCAUGUCUGCUGCAUGCUCCGAGAUCAUUUGGCUGCGUGGUCUCCUCACAGAGCUUGGGUUCAGUCCACUUCAUCCUACUCCACUGCAUGCUGACAACACAAGUGCCAUCCAAAUUGCAGUCAACCCCGUCUAUCGCGAACGCACCAAGCACAUCGAGGUUGACUGUCACUCCAUCCGAGAAGCCUAUGAUCAUCAGGUUAUCACCCUUCCACAUGUCUCCACUACUCUGCAGAUUGCCGAUAUCUUCACCAAAUCCAUGCCACACAGAGGUCUCUACCCUCAAUAUGUUUGGUAUCUCAGAUACUUUCCUGAAGGAAUAAGGAAUUGUUACACCAUAAAUGUAACAAGCGGCACCAAAUAUUUGAUCAGAGCAACGUUCUUUUAUGGGGAUUAUGAUGGCCAAAAUAAGGCAUCAGAGUUUGACCUGCAUCUUGGAUCUAACUUGUGGGAUACAGUAUAUUCAAACAACACAAUCAAGGAGAUCAUACAUGUCCCUAUGCAAAGCUAUUUACAAGUUUGUCUAGUCAAUACUGGCUCUGGGACGCCGUUUAUAUCAGCGAUAGACCUAAGGCCUCUGAAUAUUACACUCUACCCUACUCAAAUGGGGUCCUUAGCACUCUUCAGGCGGUAUGAUGCUGGUACAAUAACUAAUGUCACAUACAGGUAUAAAGAUGACAUUUAUGAUCGCUUCUGGUAUCCCUAUUAUGACAGUGCAUGGACACAAGUAACCACCUCGCUUACCAUCGAACCUAAAAAUGAGACUGCCUACCAACCACCAUCCAUUGUCAUGAGUUCUGCGGCAGUGCCAAAAAAUAUGACUACUUUGGAUAUUUGGUGGAUUCCCCCUGAUGAAAAUACCCAAUAUCAUGUGUACAUGCACUUUGCUGAAGUUGAAAAACUCCCAACCAACCAGUCUAGACUGUUGAGCAUUACUAGGAAUGGGAAGCCCUUCCUUACAAAACCUUUUUCUCUUAAGUAAACCACAACAACUGUAUAUACGAAAGUGACUUUGAGUGGAGGACAGCAAAACUUUUCAAUCUCUCAGGUUGGAAACUCUACCCUUCCGGUCCUUGAGAUUUAUAUGGUCCUUGAGUUAUUGCAGGCAGAAACUAACCAAGAAGAUGUUGAGCCCAUCACAAACAUCAAGUUAACCUAUGGAGUGAAGAGAAAUUGGCAAGGCGAUCCAUGUGCUCCGAAAGAGUACUCGUGGGAAGGGUUAAACUGCAGCAAUGAUGGUUAUCAGCCCCCUAGAAUCAUAUCCUUGAACUUGUCCUCUAGUGGAUUAACUGGGGAAAUAGCUCCUUCUUUAUUCAAUCUCACAAUGCUACAGACUCUGGAUUUAUCAAACAACAAUUUGACAGGACCACUGCCAGAAUUUGUGUCUCAAUUACCAAACUUAAAAAUCCUAAACUUGGAGAAAAACAAGCUCACAGGUUCAGUUCCAGCUGGACUAAUUCAAAAAUCAAAUGAUGGUUUGCUAUCAUUAAGCUUUUGUGAAAAUCAAAAUCUAACUGCACCGAUUUCCUGCGGCAAGGAUAAGAAGAAGAAGAAGAAGAAGGACAAUUUUGUUGUUCCAGUAAUAGUGUCAGUUGUAGGAAUUUUAAUCCUUAUAUUAACUGUAGCAGCUGUACUGUGGCGCCUCAAAAGGAAAAGAAAACAUGACGUAACUGAUUCAACACCAAGCAUUCAGCAAGGGCCACUGGAGCCAUCACAACGUCAAUUUACGUACUCUGAGGUACUCGAGAUCACCCAUAAUUUUGAGAGGAUUGUUGGUAGAGGUGGAUUUGGAACAGUUUAUCAUGGCUACAUAGAUGAUACUCAAGUAGCUGUGAAGAUGCUUUCACCUUCAUCAAUUCAAGGAUAUCAAGAAUUUUAUUCAGAGGUUAAUCUUCUCAUGAGAGUUCAUCACAGAAAUUUGACAAGCCUUGUCGGAUAUUGCAAGGAUGGAACCAAUACAGGGCUCAUCUAUGAAUACAUGGCCAAUGGAAACUUACACAAGCAUCUUUCAGAUAACAGUUCAAAUAUAUUGAGUUGGGCAGGCAGACUUCGAAUUGCAAUGGACAGCACAUGGUCAGCAAGAUUUGAGUAUCUUCACUAUUGUUGCAAACCUCCUAUAAUCCACAGAGAUGAGAAAUCUACAAAUAUCUUGUUGAAUGAAAACUUUCAAGCCAAACUAUCUGACUUUGGCCUAUCUAGAAUUUUCUCUGCUGAAGAUGGGACUCAUGAGUACCUUGACCCCGACAACUCUGUCUGGAAAACUGUUGAAAUAGCCUUGAUUUGUGUAUCUUCAAGUUCCAACAGAAGGCCAACCAUGAGUCAGGUUGUGAUGGAGCUAAAGGAAUGCUUGGCUAUAGAGUUGGCUCGAAAAAAUCACCACACUGAAUCAGAAGAUUCAAUUGAAAUGAGGCCAGUAAAAUUCACCACUGAGAUGAGACCCUUAGCUAGGUAG